AAGAUAUAAAUCUUAUGUUCGUAUCAGUGCACAUUAAAGUCGACAAUGUGCGACAAAUAUUUCUUUUCGACAACAUGUUUUUCUAACCAAAAUUUUUAUCCGAAAAAUAUAUAUCUUAAUAAACAUAUGUCAAAUAAUAAUAUUUUAUAAAGGGACUCGAAUAAAGUAUUUAAUAUUGUUGUAAAGUGACGUCAAUGAACGUUAGAUAAAAUAUUAUUUUAUCUAUGAUAGGAACAAUAGUACAGAUUAUUUUCUUGUAUGAUAACAUUAUUCAUUAGUAUUCGCUAGGUAAAAUAUAUCAUGGAUGAAAUUGAAUGUCAAUAUAACUUGGGAAACUAUAUUUACACUAUUAGAGACACAAAGGACGUUCACGCAAGAUUGAAAAGUGAUCCUGUUUUUGUUGCAGAGUAUAUUAAAUUAAAUGGUGCUAAUUUGGAAUAUCAAGUAAGAAGUAUAAAUGCAAUAGCAGAUACCUCGUUUGUCUGGACAAGGAGUAAAACAUUGUUACUCAUUGAAGCUUACGAUGCUAGGAAAGAAAAAUUUAGAGAUUCUACGAUAAAAAAGAAAACUCUUUGGAAAGAAAUUGCUUUAGAAUUUGAGAAGAAAAAUUAUUACGUGUCAGCUGAAAAUUUAGAUAAAAAGUUUAGAAAUUUAAAAAGAACGUACAUAAAAAUCCGUGAUAAUAUUAGGAAAUCGUCUAUGGGGAAAGAUAGAAUUACAUGGGAGUAUUAUGAUUAUUUACAAAAAAUUUAUGAAAAGGAUUAUACUAUAGAUAUUCCUAAUAUGAUAAAUACGAAUUUAGUUAAAAGCGAAGAUAACGAAAAGAUAUCUCAAAAUUUUGUUCAUAGUGAGAGUUCAUUGUCUGGAAAGUCUGUAGCAGAUGAUGAAUUUAUUGAAGUAUUAUCCGAUCAACUUGAUCAAUCAGACCAUUACGAUGGUAAUACGCAAAUAGUAUGUGAUACAAAACCAAAUACUAUACGUGAAAGAAUAAAAUUAAGGACACAAAGAAAGAGACAAAUGAAAACACUUAGAGAAGAACAUCUUAGUUUAGAAAAAGAAAAGGUUAAAGAGCUUAGACGUUUGAGAGAGGCAAUAGAAAAUAACAAUGAAAUACAAAGAGAACGUAAUCAACUUUUUUCAGCUCUCAUAAUGAAUAUAACAUGUGAAACGUUGAAUGAAUUUAAAUUUGGAUCUUUUUGUGAAAAGGUAUAAAUAUUAUUAAUUCAUAUAUUGCAAAGACAGGGUAUUAAAUGUGAGUAAAGAUAAAGUUAUUAUAAAAAUAAAUCCUUCUCAGAAGAUAUUCAUUAUUCACAUGUUUAAACUCGAUCAAAA